AUGCCACCUGUAGAGUCGCCUAGGCGGGUUAGCGACGAAAAGGAUGGUGAUGCCCCAGAUGACAACAAGAGUGCCGAGCAAAAUAGUGAUGAUGUAGUCUCUCCAACAACUUGUGCACAGAAACCGUCGAAUGGUAGUGGCGAUGUUCCAUGUGAUGACACUGACGAUGACAUGAUGAAACACUGGAAUAACUUCUGUGAAACGUACGCCUAUCCCUUCUCUUCGUACGGUGAAUGCCCUGGUGCUUAUCCUGGAUUCGAUCCAUAUGGUUAUGGAUAUUACGGGUAUGACUACUACGGAAAUGCCGCUGCAGCGGCCGCUGCUGCCGGAUACGGUGAGUCUAGAAGCGUGCAAUGUCCGGUUUUUUUGUUCGUUCGGAAUAUUUACUUCGCUACAACCCGCAUAUUGUAUGCUCUAGUUGUGAUAAACAGCGAGAAUUGA